AGAGGCCGCCAGGCCCAGGACUUUCCUGAGCUGGGUUCAGCUGCCCCCCAUCCCCCAGGUAGGCCGGGAGGCCGGGGCGGGGCCUGCUUGGGGUUAAAUACUCCAGCCCGGCACCUGCCAGGCUUCUUGUCCCAAUCUUCCCAGCAGCAGGUUUGACCAAGAUCAGUCAUGACGACUUACAGUGACAAAGGGGCAAAGCCUGAGAGAGGCCGAUUCCUCCACUUCCACUCUGUGACCUUCUGGGUUGGCAACGCCAAGCAGGCCGCGUCAUUCUACUGCACCAAGAUGGGCUUCGAACCUCUAGCCUACAGGGGCCUAGAGACUGGCUCCCGGGAGGUAGUCAGCCAUGUCAUCAAACAAGGGAAGAUUGUGUUUGUCCUCUCCUCAGCGCUCAACCCCUGGAACAAAGAGAUGGGCGAUCACCUGGUGAAACAUGGCGAUGGAGUGAAGGACAUCACGUUUGAGGUGGAAGAUUGUGACUACAUCGUGCAGAAAGCACGGGAACGGGGCGCCAAAAUCGUGCAGGAGCCCUGGGUAGAGGAAGACAAGUUUGGGAAGGUGAAGUUUGCUGUGCUGCAGACGUUUGGGGACAUCACACACACCCUGGUGGAGAAGAUGAGCUACGCCGGCCGAUUCUUGCCUGGAUAUGAGGCCCCAGUGUUCAUGGACCCCCUACUUCCUCAACUCUGUUUCACUCCGGGCAAGUCGCUUCAUCUCUCUCGGCCUCAGUUUCUUCAUUUGCAAAAUGGGGACCGUAAUAGUAUGCCCAAAUGCAGUCUCAAGGUUAUCGACCACAUUGUAGGAAACCAGCCUGAUCAGGAGAUGGCGUCAGCCUCUGAAUGGUACCUGAAAAACCUGCAGUUCCACCGCUUCUGGUCCGUGGAUGACACACAGGUGCACACGGAAUACAGCUCUUUGCGAUCCAUUGUGGUGGCCAACUAUGAGGAGUCCAUCAAGAUGCCCAUCAAUGAGCCAGCGCCCGGCAAGAAGAAGUCCCAGAUCCAGGAAUAUGUGGAGUAUAACGGGGGCGCCGGGGUCCAGCACAUCGCUCUCAAGACCCAGGACAUCAUCACAGCGAUUCGCCACUUGCGAGAGAGAGGCUUGGAAUUCUUAUCUGUUCCCUCCACGUACUACAAGCAACUGCGGGAGAAGCUAAAGGUGGCCAAGAUCAAGGUGAAGGAGAGCAUUGAUGUCCUGGAGGAGCUGAAAAUCCUGGUGGACUUCGACGAGAAAGGCUACCUCCUGCAGAUCUUCACCAAACCCGUGCAGGACCGGCCCACGCUCUUCCUGGAAGUCAUCCAGCGCCACAACCACCAGGGUUUUGGUGCCGGUAACUUCAACUCACUGUUCAAGGCUAUUGAGGAGGAGCAGAACCUGCGGGGCAAUCUCACCAACAGGGAGACUGACGGGGUGGUGCCCGGCAUGUAAGCCCCGCCCACCGUCCGCCCCAAAGGAUUCCCCGCCCACCCCGGAUACAGCCACGCCCCCUGAUUCUGGAACUUGCCCAACUUCCUCACUGGCCGUUCCCCUUGGGUCCCGCCCAGCGGCGGACUCGGCCCCCAAGGCUCCGCCCAACCUGAUCACGCCCCUCAGCGGACCGCCCUCCGCUCCAGCCCUCCGGAGUAAAGCGUGUCAGGUCCAAA